AUGCCUUUCGCCUUUCGCCACCAGCCCUUCAAGACACUCUACUUUUUUGGUGUAGCCCUCUCAUUCCUUUUUGUCAAGCUUCCUUUCUGGACUGUUCGGUACCUGGUCCCAGCAUGGCGCCCGGUGCGUGAAUGGUCGCUAUCCCGCAUGCUCCUCGUCAAGUCCUUGGGUGUUUUGUUUACCACCAUGUUCGACACGUCUAUCGACUCCUUGAAAUGCGACCCUGAAAAGGAGGGUCCUCCCGAUGAGGUCGGUCUUGUUUGGAUCGAACCCAAACAGGAACUCGUCGUCGGCGAGAUCAAGAGUGCAGCACAGGUGAACAAUAUUCACCCCAUCAAGGUGGCAGGUUUCUGGUACGGGAAGCGUGGAGAAAACGGCCAAGUCGGACAGGCUGCUGGCCCUGACGAGAAAGUUAUUUACGAACUCCACGGUGGCGGUUUUGUGUUAGGUUCGGCAGGCCCAAAAGGCGGUAGCGCAUACUUUUGUUCGGAGGCGCUCAAGUAUGCCCCGCAUUACACUCGUGUCUUUCAAGUCGAAUAUCGUCUCUCCCAGGGCCCUCCGUUGGAACCCAGUGGUGCCUUCCCAGCUGCACUCAUUGAUGCCAUGCUGGGCUACGACUACCUCGUCAACACCGUCGGAUUCAAGCCCUCGAACAUUAUGAUUGCUGGGGAAUCGGCUGGCGGCCAUCUAGCUCUAGCUCUGGCUCGCUACAUCGUCCACGCUAGCAUUCCCUCUCUCACUAUCCCCGGCGCCCUCAUGCUGCAUUCCCCUACUGUCGACUGGGGAAAUACCCAUCGUGGUCCAAAAUCAUCAAUGCACACGCACGCCAAUAGUGACUUCGUCCACAAUUUCCUUUCGGGAUACCCCACCCGCUCAUUGGUCGGCUCUCUCCCUCAAUCAGACGCAUACUUGAAUGCAUGGAUUUCCCCUGCCUCUCUUCGUUUAGAACACUCUGAAGGCCUUUUUGCUGGUCUCCCGCCCACUCUGAUCUUGGCGGGUGCAGUGGAAAUGACCUUAGAUCCGAUGAAGACCCUCGCAGACAGAAUGGAAGCGGACAUGGGCAAGGACUUGGUGACCUAUGUCGAAAUUGAAAACGCCACACAUGCCGUCUUGCUCGCCAAGUGGCAUGAGCCAGAGAGGACGCAUGCGUACGAGGUGUUUGCGUCAUGGGCGAAGAAAUUCUAG